AUGGCACCUAAGGAUCUACUGCGAAGCCGCCCAUGCGGUGUUUCGACAGUUCUUAUAUUGAUUCUAGGCAGCCUAAUAUUUCGCUGGGCAACUCUAAGAGAUUUGAGCGAAUACGAUCCGUUCGUGCCAAUUCUACAGGGAGAAAUAGUGGCAAGAGUACCAGGGCUGGGAGAUGCAUAUGGGAUGGCCAACAACCAUCUCGACUCUUCCCUGGACUUGGAGUACUGGCGGGAGAGAAUGAGGGGUACUAUAACCAUUGAUUCUGAUCUCGAAUCAGGCUCUGGAGACUCCAUGGACACUGAAUUCCAGCAAGCCUUGCGCGAAAGCCGAGACGAUUACUUCGACACCGUAGACGGCGAACUCAAACAAUUCAUCCACAUCCCCGUCGGCGCCCCACCCCAUCUCCGCGUCCUCCCCCAGCAAUCCCUCUGGAACAGACCCUACUUCCGCGACCCCCGCCGCGGCCUCAACCACUUCGACUACAUCGACAACACAUGGGUCCUGCGCCACCCGGCCCUGCACCACAUCAACCCAUCCGACUUCGACUUCGCAGCCGAGUACCUCGAGAGCGACGGCUUUGGGAUCCGACUACCACUCGACCCCGAUAGUAGUAGUAGCGAGGAUUAUAGCACAGUGCUGGAACAGUGCCACGCAGCGUGGAACGUUGCUGAUAGCCUCGAUAUGCACGAUCUUAUGGAGCAUGUGGUGGAUAAGCUGGAGGCUAUAAAGCCGGGUAGGGAUGAGAUGAUGGUGUUUGCGUGUCGGAUUUUCGGGAAGAGGGGCGGUGUGGAUUUGCCCGGGCAUUAUCGGCUCAAGGAGUAUCUAGCCAAGUUUAUUGCGGAGAAUUGGUGGGAGUAUAUUCGGGAGUUGGGGGAGUGGUUUGUGAAGAGGUUGGAGCGGUUGCCUGAGUUGGAGAGGGAUGUGUGUAAGAAGCGGUUGGAGGUGUUGAAUGAGCGGUUGGAUAAGGAGGAUGGGGAAGAAGAGGAAGAGGAGGAGGAGGAGGAGGAGGAGGAGAAGGAGGAGCAAUGCGAGGAAGAUAUGGAGAUUGAUUGA